CACACAGAAGUGCUACUAAAGAGGAACUUAAAGAAGGACUUGACCCUUUUCCUUUUUUGUGUUUCUUUGCUUCGUUUUUGCUCAGUGGACGCAGAGCAUUAGGUUGUGUUUGCUCCAGUUACACUGCAUACAGAGUGAGACUGUGGCUGUGAGCUCGAUCUCAGAUUGAUGGAGCUUUACAGCUGGAAUUUGUCUUAAACAAUGACGCAGACGUCUGAGCUUAUACAAGUUCUGCUGAGCUUUGCCUUUUACAACCAAGAACUGUUUAUGUCACUGAACCACCCUACUUUGUAAGGACUGACAGUUAGUUCUUGGUACUUAUAAAAAUGGACGUUUACUCAAAGCCAGGAGAGACUUUGAUUGCGUGUCACAUCUCACAAGUUCAUGGUCAGUUUGUUGAGUGGAACCUAUACAGCUCUGUGCAGACACCCAGGCGUCCACGCUCUCUGAAUCUAACUCACAGUACAUCUCUACCCGAAAGGGGAAAUCUGCCGAGGCACGCAUUGGAAAAUGACAGUGUCAACCAUACUUGCAAGUCCACGGAAACAGAAGACAAAAUAGAGUGUUCCUCAAUGCUCCAACACUUCUCAGAUUUAUCCGAGAGCACUCCAUUAACAAGUCCUGAAAGAAAAACUCAGCCAUCCCACCCCAAAGUAACACCCAGAUGGCAAAACCUUUUCAAACCUGAAACAUUGAUGAAUGAGGAUGAGGAAGACGAAGACUCUGAUGGAGACAACUUGCACAAGUACAAUGAGGGAUCAUCCCUACAACUCCAAGGUUUUAAUGUAGCCCAAAGUAUGAACACAGGGAGCUCCGCUGAAUGCCGAACCGGACGUUCUUCAUUGAGCCAUAAGACCCUCAACUAUGAAAUAAACUCUUUCAGUAAAUCCAACGAGAACAAAGAACCUCAGAAAGAAUCGGCUACAGGUUGUGAGGAUCGUACGGACAGAAAAGGACUCCCUAUAUCCUUCAUGGAUUGUGAUGAACAGGACUGUGUUGACGAGCAAGACUAUAGCAAGCAUGCUCUUGAGAAACCUGAUAAUAGCUGGGCUCAAACUGACAACCUCUUGAACUGUGAAUCCUUGAGUGAAAACCCAUCAGACUAUAUCACUGACUCUUCCUGUAACAGCUCUGAUGGAGUAUUAGUCAACUUCAGCGCUAUCUACAACAAAACCAGCAAUGCAGUUCCAGCAACUCCGCUUAACCUAGAGAGUCCUGAUCAACAAGAUGGUUCCAACCCCAGGCCCAGCUGGUCACCUUGCAGUGUUGAUCCAAACAGCAACAUCUAUCCACUUGACUCUGAUGGCUUCUUAUCAGGGGAAAUUUCUGACCUCGCUAUAUGUCUACAGAGUCAACCACAGCUUGCGGGUUCCACUCAGAAUUACUAUAAACUGGUAACAUGUGACUUGUCAUUCCAAUCUUCACCCAACACACCUUGGUCCUCUUUGACAAGUUUCUCUGAAACUCAAAGCCGGGAUAGCUGUUCUCCACCCUCCCACUAUUUCCUCUUUGGACAGUCAGAGGGAGAGGAAAAUGGGAGGCCAAACGUUGACCAAACCAAACACCAGGGUUAUGGGCACACCGAAGACAUGAACACCAGGGUCACCAGGGACCAAUUUAUAGAAAGCAAGGGAAAAAUGGCACAUGUAAAAACACAUCACUCUGCUAUAAGACUGUCAGAACAGAACUGUUGUAAUUACAUCAAGACUCAGUCACAAAGCUGGACUAGCAGUCAGAAAAGCUGUACCUUAUCAAAACAGGGGGUCCUACAGAAUAGCUGGCCAAGCCAUCUAGAUACAAACCUAUCUUCACAUCGAUCAAGUCAUCACGCCACCUCAUUUGCAGAAAUUGCUCAAUGUAAGAAAGGAAAUAGAGAUUCAUCUGUAAAACAAAGUCCGGAGGGUCCAUCAGGGUCAUGCUCCCCUAACUUCUCCUCUUUUCAAAAAGCGAAUACUUCAUACCGGAAUACCAUGUCAUUUAACCCCCAAAACAAUGACAAGAUCACAAUAGUUUCCCUGUGUACUGACAGCAAUAAUCAAUCCAAUCCAGAAGGUGAAAGUACCUUGUCCCAAGAUGUUGUAAGAUACACAAAAGCACAAAGGCCUACCUCUCUCCCCAUCCAACCUUUUGUGCUUCAAGCACCCUCAGGGAAACAACAGAGCAAGACACUUGGAUCCCUUCUUAAUCGGUACAUCAGCUACAAAUACAAAAAGCCUGGGCCAUCCAAAGCUACCUGCAAAACCAAGGGACACGUGCAACUCUCGCCUGUUGGAUAUUACUCCACCGUCCACCUUAAGACAACCCCAAGUUCAGACACAUGUUCCACCUGCACAUCAAGUCCUGUUUUACCCUCCAGUUACCCUCAGUUUACCCACCCCUGCACGCUGUUGGGACGCAUUCACCAGAACAGAACACCGGAUGAAACAGAGAGUCCAAAAGCUUGCUCAAGCCAACAACAUCCCUUGACUAGAAAACAACAAACUUAUUCUCUGUCUUUUACGUCCACAAAACAAGAUCCAAAUUGUCUUCCAGAGCAAGUGUCUCUUGUUCAGAGCCAGACUCCACCUGUAAUCAGAGAGGAACUGUCGGCUGUAAGUUUUCAGGAUGAAUCUUACCCUUCUCAACAUGGAUAUUCCCCUGCCAUCCCACCAGUUACCUCCAUCCCACCCCUUAUCUAUUUACCUGGGAAUGGACAAAGAUCCCUGUCGCCAUUUGAGGAGUGCUGGAUAGAAAGACUUGGCUCCAACAUCAGCCAUUUCUUUGGCUCAAUUAAACCGCCUUGUGCUAAAAAGGAAUGUCGACCUGGUGACUCAUUCUCCAGGAUGGACAGACCAACUGAAGAGUUCUGCUUUUCCCCAGAAAACCCCUUAGGACGUUUCUCAGUUGAAGCACUGCACAAGAAAAGUAUGUUGAAAGAUUUGAGUUUAGCAGUGGAUCUUAUCACAGCGGAUUUCAGCUCAAUACAAGAACCAGAGGAAAAGAUCGCACUUGGAAAUAGUUCACUGUGCAGCAGCAUCAGGCAGCUUGUCUUUAAGCACCUCUGCCCUGCAAUCCAGAACAUACUUCAAGAUGGUCUGAAAGCCUAUAAAUUGGAUAUAAUCAUAGGACAGCGACGCAACAAAUUAUGGAACGUCAUAGAGGCCACUGCCCAUUCAGGUUCAUCCACCCGAAUGCCUGACAGCUUGGUAUCUGUGGUAAAAAAAUGUGCAGAUUUAUCAAAUCAUAGCACGAGGCUCAAUGUCUUCAUCAUAGAACUGCUGAAUUUCCGUGCUUUGGAGUUCUGGAUCGUCAUUUGUACAGUUGUGCAGGUGAGUGUUAUGAUAACCAGAAAUGAUAAAUUGCAUUUGUUUGUUUGUUAUUGCAAUACUAGGUUUCUCACCAUUCUAUACACAUCUCUUUCCAAGACAUUGUUGGGGACUAUUAUCAGCAAUGGGGUUUCAUGUCUCUGGCUCAGAGGCCGAUGUAUGCACCAUUGUUCCAGGAGCUGCUCCUUUUGCUUCACCCACUUUCCUCGCUACCCUUUGACCUUGAAGUGCCAUCUAAAACUCGCAUUCAAAAUGAGCAGAAGCAAGACCAGACAGCAGCCUUGUCUCAUAUGCUUCUCGCUCAGUCAUCUCAUACCCUUCAGAUGAGCUCUAUACAGAGGAACGGCAAGAGUGACAAGGUAACAAGCGGGUAUUGGCUCGACCAGACUCCCACUUCAGCUGGUGAAUCGACUGUCUGCUAUUCUGACUGCACACAUAAGAAAGAGGAUAAAGAAAACAGAUUGGAAAAUAAUGACAUUCCAGAAUCUUCACAAAGGUCUCAAGAUGACAAAUCCUUGAGCACACUGCGUUGGGCCAGACUCUUUGGGUCUGUAGGUGGAACCAAAGUUGGGCCAACAAAAGCACAAAAGAACAUAAGUGGAAGCAUGAGGUUUGUACGGUAUUAGUUGUGAAUUCUUAUAACUUUGCAUGAGCUUCCUUUUUUUUGUCUUCAUGUCUGGACUUUUGUCUUUUCUCAGGCGGCCCUCAGAAUGGCUGAAGAUUGGUGCAUCACAAGUGGACCUGCUUGCGCAGUCAGUGUGGACAGGGAAAUGGUCAGAGAGCAUUUAAGUGAACCACGACAGAGAUUAAGCAUAUACAGAGCACAUACUGAAUCUAUACUGAGCUGUAGUAAAAAUACAAUUAAUCCACAACCAUAAAACGUUCCUGAAUAAUAUUUCUGUUAUCAGUUAUAUGGUGAACCGUCACAUCCCUUACAAACAUUAAAAUUACAUCUGUUCCUAGAUUCUACUGUUAAAUGUUGCCUUGCAAUUACAUCCCAAUCUGCAAAAUUAGCUUUGUAAGAAGUUUUGGGAAUUUGUCUUUAAGCCAUUACAGUAAGCAAUGGCACACAUUAUCACACUUAAAGGGAUAAUUCAGGAUAAAUCUGGUCAUAUUAAUUAUGUUCUUGCAUAAUUUAGUGGCAUUAUAAAAACAAAAUUAGUU